UUUAAAAUGUCUCAUCUCUCAUUUUUUUAUUUAUGAAACUCCUCUGUUCAGUCUUCACUCUCUGCCCAAACUUUUCAGUCAGCUUCAACAAAUGGCAUCGGCUUCUUCUUCACUAACGCAAGAAUUCGAGGAUUGGGAUCGUCCCUUCACCGAUGAAGAACUCCAAGCCAUUGACGAAGCCGUUUUGCAGUCCACCACGACUACCGAUCGUCCCUUCACCGAUGAAGAACUCCAAGCCAUUGACGACGCCGUUUCGCAGUCCACCACGACUGCCGAUUUAUCCUUCACCGAUGACGAACUCCACGCCAUGGACGACGCCGUUUCGCAGUCCACCACGACUACCUCCCCCUCAGAGCGCCACGUGUCAUGUUCCUCGGACUAUGACGCGGAUGAAAAAUCUCGCCGGCGAUUGCCCGACUCCCUCUUCAUUUUCCAUCCAAACAACACGAAUUCGAAUUCUUUCUCCCUUUCCCCUUGUCAUCGAAGAAAUCGCUUUCCCUCCUACGCUUUUCGCCGUUCUUCUUCCACAUCUACUUGUCAAGUUAUGAGGUAUCCAGAAAUAGCAUUCAAAGGCCGAAUUGUCUAUAGCCGGGGCUUUGAUGAGGUGGAGAAAUCUGCUGAGGAGCUUCUCAGUUUUGUUGAACUUAAGAGAAGAAACGGAGGGCAAGCCAUUCUUGGAUUUGAUAUCGAAUGGAGACCCACUUUUAGAAGAGGAGUUACACCUAGGAAGACAGCUGUUAUGCAAAUCUGCGGGGACAAUAAUGUAUGUUAUGUGAUGCAUGUCAUUCAUUCUGGAAUUCCUCAAAAUCUGAAAAGUCUUCUUGAAAAUCCAACUUCAGUUAAGGUCGGCGUGUGCAUUGCCAACGAUGCUUUUAAAAUUUUUAAAGAUCAUAAUGUGUCAGUAAAAGCUUUGGAAGAUUUGUCAGAUCUAGCAAAUCAUAAGCUUGGUGGAGAUUGUAAGAAGUGGAGUCUAUCGUCGCUGACUGAAACGCUUAUCUGCAAGCAGCUGCCUAAGCCCAAUAGGAUCAGGCUUGGAAAUUGGGAGACUGACGUUCUAUCAAAGGAGCAGCUACAUUAUGCUGCCACAGAUGCUUUUGUUUCUUGGUACCUAUAUGAGGCACUACAAACUCUUCCAGAGGCAGAGAACAAGAAAAUUGAGGAAUCAGUGGUUCUGUCAUCAUAGCGGUCUUCUUUUAAUCAGUAAUUAUUUGCUUGGAUCAGCAUUGUGUUUGUACUUCUAGAGCAUAACUUCCCCACGAGACAACCAUUAAACAGCAUUCUGGAUGCCACUUUCUUGAUAAUGAUGAAAUGUGAAUCUGCACUAAGGAAUAUGAGAGAUGCUGUUGUACCUGAAAAGCAUUCCCUUGAUGGCCACUUUGAUCGAGUCUCCUAUUCCACAAAUGACUUGUAUGACCAAGCCACGUUAUUCGAUUUUUUGCUGCCAGGUUAAUCAGUUCCUAGAUUGUCUUGCAGCAAAAGUCCACCCGCUUUUGCCUUGAAGCAACUCAUUCUUUCAAUGAUACAAGGAAGGCUUCAGAGCUUAAGCUGCUUCCGGCCAUUGUCUGUUGUAAAGAUCAAGGUUCCCUCUUAAAACUUCUCCUGAGGGAAAUGAAUGUUUCAUUUAGGCUGACAGAGUAGUAGUAGUUUCAGCAAGUUUUGUAUCUGUUGUGUCAUUUUGCUACAGUCAUUAUUGCACGCCCUUUCUGCAAGAUACUACUUAUUUGUAGGUUCAUAACAGUAUCUUAAAUUGUAAAUAAAUUCUCUGGUUUCUUAGAUGGUUCUCAAGACAUGAAAUAUAUUUAGUAGUUAAAUAUAUUGUCCAAA